AUGCGGAAAGUGAUAGUAGUUGAUGGUACAUUUUUGAAGAAUAAAUACAAAGGGGUUCUCCUAGUUGCUACAGUUGUAGAUGGUAACUCCAAUUUGUAUCCAAUCGCAUUUGGAAUUGCUGAUUCUGAGAAUGAUUGUUCCUGGGAGUGGUUUUUUUUGCAACUUAAGAUGGUUAUAGCUGAUGAAGAAGGUUUAUCAUUUGUGUCAGAUAGACAUACAUCGAUUGCUAAAUCAAUUGGAAACAUCUAUCCAUUGGCUAAACAUGGUAUUUGCAUCCACCACUUGAUUAGUAAUGUGAUAACAUAUCAUAAGGGCAGAGGUGUCGCUGGUAAGGUUGCAAAAGCAUCAAAAGCUUAUAGAGUUGCUGAGUUUGAGAAAGAAUUUGGGCGAAUUAACAAUAUUAGUCAUGCUAUUGGAAGUUAUCUAGAUGAAGCCGAUGUGACAAAAUGGGCUCGCCGUCAUUUUCCGGGUUAUAGGUAUGACAUUAACACCAACAAUGCAGCUGAAUCAAUCAAUGCUGCUUUGAGGACACCCAGAGAGUAUCCAAUAAUUCCUUUGUUAGACAGCAUCAGAGAAAUGAUGACACGCUGGUUUUAUGAGAGUAGAGAGUUAAGUGCAAAGCAUAAAGAUCCUUUAACUGUUGAGGUGGAGAAAAAGAUUUCAAGAAGAAUAGAGAAAGGUAAAUUCAUGAACGGUUAUUUGAUGAGCAGAUCGCAGAUCCAGGUUAAAGGUAAUGGAGUAGACUACAUUGUUGACUUAGAAAGAAGGACUUGUUCAUGUGGAAAGUUCAGCAUCCAAAAACUCCCUUGUAGACAUGCUAUAAAAGGAGCUUUUGAUAUAGGCAAGGAUCUAUAUCCUUAUGCUGAUGAUGUGUAUACCACUACUGCAUGGAGAUCGCAAUAUGAGGAAACUGUUAAUCCAAUAGGUGUUCCUGAAGAAGAAUGGCGAGUCCCACAGCAUGUUGAAGAUGCAAAAGUAGCCUCUGGGUUGUGUUUCACGGCAGCUGCUUUGUGA